UAGAGGGUAACAAGCUUUUGGUGAUGUCUUUCUGACAUCUAGUGUUUAAAUUUAUCAAUUUUAAAUUUUAAAUUUAAUUUCUCAAAGAAAGGGGAUAGCCUGCAUAUUAUCGUAGAAUGCACGACUGGACCGAUUGAGAUGUUGAUUUAAUUUAAAAAUGAUCAAGUGAUCAUGCAUUCAAUGGAAAGUCAGUACAAACAAAAUGGUUGCAUUUACAAAUUAACUCGAUAAGAAAGUAUCAAAUUAGCGUCGGAUGAUUUUAUUUUGAAGGACUUCUUGAGAUGUGGUGUGUUCUCUUCCGGGGAGCUAGUAACUGAAGCCAAAGCAAAGAUGGGACCCGGCGCAACCUCCGUGACGGAGCCAGAAGAAGACCUUAGAAUUUUUAAAUCUAAAGGAGUUUCAACAUCUUUACCGAAACACUCCUAUUGGUUUGACUUUUGGGUGUUCGCGCUCUUUGACAUCGCUUUAUUUCUCGUCAUGUAUUUCAUAGUCCCUUAAAAAGUUGGUUCCCUGGACUCUGGAGCCUGAAGACAUGGAGUGCUGGUCCCGCCCCGCUGUCAGGAAUGCUAACCAAGCUUUGACUGAAUUUAAUGCUGCGUUAUUUGCUUAACAUCUCAAGUUUCCACAGCUUGGAUCAUGUAACUACAAGUUUUAUAAAGGUGGCGUCCUGCUUUGAUAUCGGAGAAUUUAAACUCCUUCCCACUGUGACCUGUUGCCAGUUGUUGUUUUUUUCAUGGAUGGAUUUAUGUUGUCGCCAUUGGGAAGAGAAAAAAAAUUAAAUAUUUGUAUUAUUGACAAUUGCUGAUGCAAUGGGACCACCAGGACUUGUGAAAUGUACCUGUGAUAAUACUAAAAUGUUGUUAUAACUAUUAUCACUAUAAAUGGUACCCAGUAGAUACACCUGUUCAAUGUUUUUGAUCAAGUAGUUACUUUUAACAGAAUUAAUAGUAACAUUAAGUAAUUGUAUCACAUUUUAAGUGUUUUAGUUUUAUGUCUCCAGAUUGUCAGAUCAGCAACUGAGUCCUGGAAUGAAAAUAGCAAUCUCACAUCUGGAAAAGUGUGUUUUGUUGUAAUAAGCCAUCUGAUGAUCUAGUUUGGGGUCAGUUAAAACACCAGAGAAACAAGAUUUUUACCAACACACCAUAAAGAACAAUGUGUUGUUGUGGAGUAUAAUUCCAGCACACUAAAGUGUUGACAGUUUGCACAUGGAAAAUACUGCCAAUAAAGUGUAUUUACCUACCAGCUAAAUGUUGACCAUUUGAUUUUAGUUUGGCAUUGUAUAAUAUCCAAAGUUCAAAUUUUCUAUUUUCAUGUAGGACCUAACAAAGUACAAUGUUAGUCUUAGAUUUAUUCUGCAUGCUUUGGGGAGUUACUUAUGUUGUUAAAUGUGUCAUGGCCUAAAGUGAUUUCAUAAUUUGGUAAUUUUAAAAUGCAAUAUACAGCCAACAGCAACUAAUACAUUGUUUAGCUCAUCUGAUAGAUAGAAGACCUUAAUGAAUAUAGACAUUUAUGAACACCCCCCACAGUGUUGCUGCUCACAGAGAAUAGCUAAUGACUAGCUACAUAAAUGUAUUUGUUUUAUUUGCUUUAGAUAACAAGAAUUCAAAAAAUAAAAACACCUGCAUUUUCUUCUAAUUUUUACCUAUCAAUACCGAGUAGUCUUUGCGAUUCGCUUAUCAUGAGCUGGUGCUAUUUAUGAGAAGUACUUUUGUAUUGCUACAAUUGUUGCUAAGCAUACUGUAUACUGUAUCACGUCACUGAAUACUUUUAUUUUGAAAAGAAGUUACAUGUGUCCGCUUUGUAAGGAGCUAACAACAUAUGGCUUGUAACCUUAUGGUAGUUUGGUAUUGACUUCCAUAAGUGACUUUUUAUUGUCUUAAUAAUGGAAACGGCUGAAAGUUCCUAUCAGCUGGAAAAUACAGAUGUGUUUUUGCCAUUGUCAUCGCUAAGGCUGUUGAUCCCUCCUCUGCGGCUGCUCUCUGCAGCGAUGUGGCAGGUGGCUCAGCGGAGAGAUGUUCUUGAUUAUGUAAACCUGGAUGAGUUUGUGUCAUUGGUGACGGCCACAGUUCCAGACCUGCUCAGUCCAAAGCAACGUGGCAAACUGCUUCUCCGACUGCGAUCGAAAAUCAUUCUUGAGCUGUGCAGAAAUGAGGAAACAGCCAACAUUUUGUGUAUACAGCCUCACCUUGAACGAAUCCGCCCACCAGGAUACACAGGGAGUGGAGAUGCAGAGGUGGAUGCAGAGGAGGCUAUUUUCGUGGCGCUCAUUCAAACACUCCUGAAAGACCCAGCGGAGAGGGAGCAUUUUUACCAGGAGGUUUUUCCAACAGAAUAUGGUCUCAGCUAUGACACAGACAUGCAGCUUCUUGUGUGGGAGUUUCUUUCCAAACUGGAAAAACUCCUGCCAGUACCAGACCUUGGUCAGACAGUUUCAUGGCUGACCUCUGCCCCCUCCGUACUGAAGGACUGCUUGCAGGCGCUGUCCAAUCCUGACGACCUGAAGUCUCUCCUGCAACACCACAAAUGCCUUGAACACCUUGGUACACAAGGUACCACUGUGGAGAUGUCCACCCAGGUCUUUGCCUGCUCCGAGUGUCCAUUCUUCCACAUGCAGGAGUCCUACCUGCUGCAGCACAUUGAGCACAGUCACCCAGAGCACUACAGCAAAUUCCAGAAGGCUAUGGAGACAGCUGAGGCCCCCAAGAAGAAGGUCCAGUGCCCUGAGUUCCCAAAGCCUUUCCCCAUCCAUAACAGGCCUGACCCUCACAUGUGCCAGGAAUGUGGCAAAACUUUCACACGUGCCUCAGAUGUGAUGCGUCACCAGCGGACCCACACAGGUGAGCGCCCGUACACCUGUGAUGAAUGUAAGAAGGGCUUCAAGAACUCCUGGGAUCUGACCAGACAUCAGCGCAUUCACACUGGGGAACGACCCUUCCUCUGCUCCCAAUGUGGCAAACGGUUCACACAGAUGGGUUUGCUCAAACUGCAUUAUGAACGAACCGCCUGCGGCCAGACAUGCAACCCUCCCCUAGACUUAACGACAGAGGUUGUAGUGGCAGAGGAGACAUCAGAGAAAGGCGGUGGUCAGUACAAAUGCCAGAAAUGUGGCGAAAGCUUCUGUAGCAUCUUGGAGCGGCUGAGGCACAGGCAGGGGCAUGUGGUAAGGCGUCAGUACAAAUGCUCCCUGUGUGAGAAGAUCUACAGCCGAGCGUCAGAUUUAAAGAGACACCAGAUGAAACACACCGGUGAGCGGCCAUUUGCCUGUGAGUGUGGGAAAAGCUUCACCCAUGUGUGGCUUCUGAAUAAGCACCAGCAGAUCCACACCAGGGAGCGUCCAUACCCCUGUGCAGAGUGUGGGAAGAGCUUCACUCAGCUCCAGAUACUUAGCAGGCACCUGCUGACUCACAACGGGCAGCGGCCUUUCCACUGCUCAUACUGUGAGAAGAGCUUCACUCAGCUUGCCAGCCUUACACGCCAUGAGAGAAUCCACACAGGUGAGAGGCCGUACCUCUGCACCACCUGUGAGAAGACAUUCCUCACACAUGGAGAGCUGGGCAGACAUCAACGUAGCCACAGCAACCUUAGGCCGUUCAGUUGCUCACAGUGCCCUAAGAGCUUUAAAACCAAGCGUGCUCAGAGUGAACACCUCAAUACACACACAGGUGAGCGUCCGUUUGCAUGCACACGUUGUGGGAAGAGGUUUGCCAAGUCAACUUCGCUUGUCCGGCAUAACCUGACACACACAGGGGAGCGACCCCACCAGUGCUCUCAGUGUGGAAAGACAUUCCUCACCUCUGGUGAGCUGCUCCUCCACAAACGGAUCCACACAGGAGAAAGGCCUUAUCCCUGCUCCUACUGUGAGAGGAGAUUCAGGUGUUCCUCCGACCUCAACAUGCACAUCCGAACACACACCGGGGAGAAGCCACACAGCUGUCUGUUCUGUAAGAAGAGCUUCUCCACGUCUACGAGGCUGAAGAGACACAUGCGCACACACAUGGAGAGGGGCAUAUCUGUGGAAUCAUUUAAUCUUUGAGCUGUCAGGAGCUGAUGAUGUUUUUUUUUCAACAUGAAUAUUGCCUUCAUUAAAAAUAAAAACUGUC